AUGCCUCACUUGGACAUUGUGACCAACGUGACCAUACUGAACAGUGUAGCCAUCUUCUCUGCGCUCCUUCAGAUGGUUGCUCAGUGCACUUCCAAGGAAAGGAACCGCUUCCUGUUGUCUUCCAUCACUGCCUUCAUCCUCAUUCUGCUUGGUUCUGUUCUGUUCCUCGUUCUGUACAUCAUCAAGGAUCCGACUGAUACCCAGAUGGCCAUUUGGGUGGGUCUGGCUGUUGGUGGGGCCUUCUUGGUGUCUUUGAACUGGUGGGAGAACUACUUCAGAGUCAUCAGUGAGAACACAAACUCCACCUUCCUCAAAAACUUGUGCAGAGACGUAAGAAGGUGCCGGAACAUGCUGCACAUCCUCUCCAGCCUGAUCAGGAUUGUGGUGACUGCCUGUGUGCUCGGAGCCUACAUCCCUCUGGCCAACAUGGACUGGGACAUCGUGACCUCCAUCCCGAAUCGUGAGACCAGGAUCAUAGCCAUCAUCAUUGGAGUCCAGCUGAUCUCUUCAGCUCUUUGUCACUGGUUUUCACUGGUAGCCUGCAAGAUGCACGCCCUGAGACGAUUGGACAAGUACAGGCCUAAGACAGACGAAGCAACAAGAGAUGUGACAUUUGAAGGCCACAUCUACUUUGACGAUGCCUUCAGAGAUGUUCCCGGGAGUCAAGGACGGCACGUCAACGAGUACGCAGAGAUGCUUGUGGACAUUAUCAGAGAGGUUUACAGCAUCUUUGUGAAUGCUGACAAAGACCUCUUCAACGAGGAGCAGCAGAUUCCUGAUCAGAAAGUGGUGAGGACGCCCUACGGAGGCCGAGUGGUCGUCAGGAUGCCUCACGGAAACAGCCUGGUGGUACAUUUUAAAGAUAAACAACUGAUCCGCCACAAGAAGAGAUGGUCUCAGGUCAUGUAUUUGUACUACCUGCUAGGCUGGAAAGUUUCAACCAAGUAUUUUCAAACGUGGGAGAAAGGAGGGGAAGAGCCUGAGCUGAAGAGACAGUUUGAGGUAAAAGUGAACAAACCUACAGACUGUAUAGACUUUAAAGAGAAGCACAACACCUACCUCCUGGCUCUAGAUGGAGACACUGACUUCCAGCCGGCUGCUGUGAUGCUGCUCAUUGACCGGCUGAAACUGUAUCCUCAAGUCGGGGCAGCAUGUGGCCGCAUUCACCCGACUGGCUCAGGUCCAAUGGUUUGGUACCAGAAAUUUGAAUACGCUGUUGGUCACUGGCUGCACAAAACAGCAGAACACGUGCUUGGUUGCGUUCUCUGCAGCCCCGGAUGCUUCAGUCUGUUCAGAGCUUCAGCGCUGAUGGACGACAACGUGAUGAAAAGAUACACCAUCAAGGCCUCGAAGGCUCGACACUACAUCCAGUAUGAUCAAGGUGAGGACCGCUGGCUGUGCACUCUGCUGCUGAAGCAGGGAUGGAGGGUGGAGUACAACGCAGCGUCGGACGCCUACACCAACGCACCAGAGGAGUUCAAAGAGUUCUACAACCAGCGUCGUCGAUGGGGACCAUCCACUAUGGCCAACAUCGUAGACUUGUUGGGCGACAGCAACCUGAUCACCAACAGGAACCCGUCCAUGUCCAGACCCUACAUGCUCUACCAGCUCUUCAACCUGGCCUCCUCCAUACUUUCACCCUCCACUGUUGUCCUCAUGAUUGCAGGUUGUCUGACUGUGCUGCUCGACAUUCACCCCAACGCUGCCCUGGUUCUGGCUGUGAUUCCUCCUGUCAUCAUCCUCGGCAUCAGUUUCACGAUCAAGUCAGACACUCAGAUUAUCAUUGCAGCGGUCAUGAGCACCCUGUACGCCUUCAUCAUGAUGAUAGCAGCGAUUACUGUAAUUGGCAGCAUGAUCAAGGACCAAACCAUCCUGACUCCCAGCAGCAUCUUCAUCAUUGCUCUAGCCUGCUUUUACUUCACUGCUGCACUGUUGCAUCCACAAGAGGCCAGCGUGGCGAUCUACGGCUUCCUUUACAUCAUCUGUAUCCCCAGCGCCUACCUCCUGCUGGCAAUUUACUCCAUGGUCAACAUGAACAACGUGUCCUGGGGCACCAGAGAGACGGCGCCACCUCCUGGAGCCUCCAAACCAGCCACCGAUCCCCCCCAGACUGCCCUCCAGAAAGCCAAAAGCAAAAUCACAAAGUUCUUCUCACGGGCCAAAUGCUGUCGAAAGCCCUGCCAGAGAGGAAGCACUGAGGAGCUGCUCGAGAACCAGGAAGACAAACCAGAGCCAGAACCAGAACCAGAAGCUCAGCCUCAGAACUCAAUCGUGGAGGACGUGAGGAACCCUGAGGAGGGGCAGAGGGAGGAGGAGCCUAUUUUUGACUGUCCUAACCAAUGCUGGAUCUCACAGCUGAAGAGUUUAUCUGAUGACAUGCACCUGCAGGAGGACACGCUCGAACAGCAUGAGGAGGAGUUCUUCAGAGAGCUCAUAGCUAAAUAUCUGGAGCCUCUGCCUGAGAACAAGAAGAAACAGAAGAAAAUGACUAAGAGACUGAAGGAGAUGAGGAACAAGAUUUCCUUUGUCUACUUCAUUUGCAACGCCUUCUGGCUGAUAACGACCUUCGCGCUCCAGCUGCUGGACAACUACGUCUCCAUUCAGGUGCCGAAACUCGACAGCAACCUGCAGUUCACUGGAGAAUAUAUCUACAUCGACCCGGUGGGAUUCAUGUUCAUUCUGGCCUUCGCCUUGCUGGUUAUUAUCCAGUUCUUUGCCAUGUUGUACCACAGAGUUUGCACGCUGAUUCAUUAUGUGGCCUUUCUGGACACAGAGACCGUUUCUUAUAAACAAAGACAGCAAGUCCAACAGAUCGCAGAUGAGGAACUCGACGACAGUGACGACUUCCUGUUUCCAAACCUGCCAAGACGAAGCUACGAGCAAGGAACGCUGGUGUGA